UUAGGUUCUGGACCAUGUUCUGGACUGUUCUGAGGAAAGAGCGUAACGGCACCACAUCGUUUGUGAGGGAGAGCUAGUGGCUGCAGUAAGUGCGCACAUACCGGAGAGAAGAGACAAGCUGCAACAUAACAGCUGACUGACACAAGUACUCGAGGAGCUGCUAAAACCAUGUCAAAGGGACCAGCAGUUGGCAUUGACCUGGGGACUACCUACUCCUGUGUGGGGGUCUUUCAGCACGGCAAAGUUGAAAUCAUUGCCAAUGAUCAGGGUAACAGGACCACACCCAGUUAUGUAGCAUUUACAGACACGGAGAGGCUGAUUGGAGAUGCUGCCAAAAAUCAAGUAGCAAUGAACCCCACCAAUACAGUUUUUGAUGCAAAACGACUGAUUGGCCGGAGGUUUGAUGACACUGUUGUGCAGGGCGACAUGAAGCACUGGCCAUUCACGGUUAUCAAUGACAAUUCCCGUCCCAAAGUUCAAGUUGAAUACAAAGGGGAGACCAAAGCCUUUUACCCAGAGGAGGUUUCUUCAAUGGUCCUUACAAAAAUGAAGGAAAUUGCAGAGGCAUAUCUUGGCAAAACUGUCACAAAUGCCGUUAUUACCGUACCUGCUUACUUCAAUGACUCUCAACGCCAGGCCACAAAGGAUGCUGGGACCAUCUCUGGCCUUAACGUUCUGCGAAUUAUAAAUGAACCCACUGCUGCUGCCAUUGCUUACGGCCUGGAUAAGAAAGUUGGUUCUGAGAGAAAUGUCUUGAUCUUUGAUCUUGGAGGUGGCACUUUUGAUGUAUCCAUCCUUACUAUUGAGGAUGGCAUCUUUGAGGUCAAGUCUACAGCCGGAGACACUCACCUUGGUGGUGAAGACUUUGACAGUCGCAUGGUCAACCAUUUCAUCUCGGAGUUCAAGCGCAAAUACAAGAAGGAAAUCAGCGACAAUAAGAGGGCCGUUCGCCGUCUUCGCACAGCCUGUGAAAGGGCGAAACGCACCCUGUCCUCCAGCACUCAGGCCAGCAUUGAGAUCGACUCUCUUUAUGAGGGAAUUGACUUCUACACUUCCAUCACCAGGGCUCGUUUCGAAGAGCUAAAUGCCGAUCUCUUUCGUGGUACACUGGAUCCGGUAGAGAAGUCCCUCCGUGAUGCCAAACUGGACAAGUCUCAGGUUCAUGACAUUGUCCUUGUUGGAGGGUCCACCCGUAUCCCGAAGAUCCAAAAGCUCCUACAGGAUUUCUUCAAUGGGAAGGAACUGAAUAAGAGCAUCAAUCCGGACGAGGCUGUUGCUUACGGAGCAGCUGUCCAGGCAGCCAUUUUAUCUGGAGACAAAUCUGAGAAUGUCCAAGACCUGUUGCUCCUGGAUGUUACCCCUCUGUCCCUUGGUAUUGAAACGGCUGGUGGUGUUAUGACCAUCCUGAUCAAACGUAACACUACCAUCCCCACCAAACAAACGCAGACCUUCACCACUUACUCGGACAACCAGCCUGGUGUCCUCAUUCAGGUGUACGAGGGCGAGAGAGCCAUGACUAAGGACAACAACUUGCUUGGAAAGUUUGAGCUGACCGGCAUCCCUCCAGCUCCUCGUGGCGUCCCACAGAUAGAAGUCACCUUUGACAUCGAUGCCAAUGGCAUCAUGAACGUGUCCGCUGUGGACAAGAGUACCGGCAAGGAAAACAAGAUCACUAUUACAAACGAUAAAGGUCGUCUAAGCAAGGAGGACAUUGAGCGCAUGGUCCAGGAAGCUGAGAAGUACAAGGCUGAGGAUGAUGUCCAAAGAGAAAAGGUUUCUGCUAAAAAUGGCCUUGAAUCCUACGCCUUCAAUAUGAAGUCUACGGUUGAGGAUGAGAAGCUCAAAGGCAAGAUCAGUGACGAGGACAAGCAGAAGAUCCUCGACAAGUGCAAUGAGGUCGUAAGCUGGCUGGACAAAAACCAGACUGCUGAAAAGGAGGAGUUUGAGCAUCAGCAGAAGGAGUUAGAGAAGGUGUGCAAUCCUAUCAUCACCAAGCUGUACCAGAGUGCCGGUGGAAUGCCAGAAGGAAUGCCCGGAGGCUUCCCGGGAGCAGGAGCUGCCCCUGGUGGAGGAGGAUCCUCUGGACCAACCAUUGAGGAAGUUGAUUAAAUCAUUAUGAGAAAGUUUCUCGUUGUGUGGAGCACCAUAUUGUAUUGUGUUGUCUUUGGAGCACUUUAAUGCAUUGCAUUGUUUAUCCCUGGCAUGUUUCUGAAAUCUCAAACCUUGAAUUGUGAGUUCACGAGCACUUAAUAGCAAAAUGUUAAUACGUUUAUGUUAAAGAUUUAUAUUCAAAAGGCUGCUUAUGUAUCAUUCUGUGUCUAACCUUGACAAUAAAUGAGCCUGUGUUCACCGUGUAAA